UGAAAGAUGUAAAAAAAACUAACCGAAAAACAACGUAAAAAGUGGAUUACAAAUCUACAUCUGCGGUCGGGAGGAGCAGAGUGUGCUAAUGCGAGUGUAGCGACCACUUCGUCAGCGGCUUCUUUAGGAAGUUCAAGUCCAGUUGGCUCUUUAUCAUCAGAGGACCAUGACUUUGACCCAACCGCAGAAAUGUUAGUUCAUGAGUAUGACGACGAGAGGACCUUGGAAGAGGAGGAGUCUCUAGACGGUGGGAGGAACUUCAGCUCUGAACUUGCAGAUUUGGAAAGGGAAGGGAACAUGCCAUUGGAAGAACUUUUGUCUAUUUAUCGCUAUGAGGCCUCAGCAGGCUCCAGUGUGGACAGUUCCUCUGGGGACCUGACUGAUGAGCUGCCUGACAUGACAUUGGAUAAAGAGGAAAUAGCGAAAGAUCUGUUAUCUGGGAAUUAUGAGGAGGAGACCCAAUCUUCAGCUGAUGAUCUCACCCCAUCAGUUACCUCUCAUGAGACCACUGAUUUCUUUCCAAGAACACUUCGAUCCAAUGCUAUCUCUGAUGGGGAUAAAGAAUCAGAGUGUGAUGAUCUUGGGCCAAGCCCUGAUGACUCCGGAAAAGAAAUCAUGGUAGGAACAGAUUACCAAGCCGAGGUGCCAUCUUGCCUCUGUCACUACAAAGAUGGCGAAAAAGCGUAUGAAGAUGACGACGAGUUACUCUGGAGUCCUGACAUUUUGUCAGAAAGCAAGGUUAGGAGUUAUCUCUCGGAAGUAUUGUCACGGACAACGGAUGAAAGCUCUGGGUACGACAUACCAGGGUUGCAUGUUCGAGAUGAUGAGCAGGCUUUGUAUGAGCUUGUGAAAUGCAACUACAACACCUGUGAAGCACUAGAAAGAUACUGUAGCCACGUGAAAUCCUCUAAAGAAAAAUCUCCUUCAUGGUCGGAGGAAGAAUGCAGGAACUUCGAACACGCUCUGCAGAUGUAUGACAAGAACUUUCACCUUAUUCAGAAACACAAAGUAACAACACGGACAGUAGCAGAAUGUGUAGCUUUUUAUUAUAUGUGGAAGAAGUCUGAGCGCUUCGACGUCUUCGUGCAGCAGAAUCGGUUUGGGAAGAAGAAAUACAGCAGCUAUCCUGGUGUAACUGACCUGAUGGACAGGCUGGUGGAUGAAGCAGAAGGACUGGCUGUGGACAGCUCGUCCUCUGUGUGUUCAGGAGCAGGUGGAGGAGGAAGGAUGGAGACCACAACAGAGCAGCAGCUCAGUUUGCUCAACUCCAUCACUGCAAGCGACCUGACAGCUUUGAGCAACACUGUAGCUACAGUAUGCACUCCUGGAGAGGUGAGUUGCUUGGACUCCUACAGCUUUCCUCCUCUGGAAAGUCUCCAUCGUGGAUCCCUGACCCAUGACGAAUCCCUUGGGUUCCCUUCCAACGGAGCCGACCCUGACUGCCUCAACAUGCUCGAUGCCGGAUUCUACCACUCAGACUUGGGCCAGCUCGGAGGAGUGUGCGUCAACAAGGACUGUGAGCGGCCUUCCAAGAGACUCAAGAUGACGCUCCCUGACUCGUUUAUCAACGAUGUUUCCGUUGCUAACCUCGGGGUGGACUUUGAAUCCCGACGGACAGCGACGCAUCACCACCGAAUCACCGGGGCCAAAAUGGCCGUGUCUGUCACAGACUUUGGGAGUUUAGCUGGCAGCGGCGAGCCCAAUGGGUUUCUCGGAGCGCACGCACGGCACCACACACAACAUACUGCAACACUUCAGUCAGAGUGAUCUUCCUCGUCUUCUUCCUCUGUUCUUCCCUUUUGAAACCUUUUUUCUUGCUUGUACAUAAGACUGACCUCACUGGAAAAUCUGAUUUGUUUAAAUUCAAUCAUAUAUAUAUAUAUAUAUAUAUAGAUAUAGAUAUGU